CAUAGAUCCAGCGCUGAGUUUCAGGAUCCGAGCGCGUACAUACAGAUUUUGGCAUCUCAGUUUGGACUAUUGUGGCCAAAUCAAUGCUCAGUGCCCAGGUAUUGGUGUAGUUGAAAUGCAGGCUUGACACCUCCACAUUCGUUACUCCCCAGCAAAUUCUUUCUCCUCCCUUCCGGAUGGCCGGAGCAGUGAUGGAAAGCAUUGUGAUCCUUGAUGAUGACGAUGAAGAAGCUUCCACAUCUGCAUCCGCGUCCUAUUCUCGUGCUACGAACUGCCAGUCAAAAACACCUGUGAAGAAUCAGCCGCCGGCUCCAACACACAUCACACAGUCUCCGUUCGCCAGUGCAAAGAAGGAUGUUCGUGUCCUGCAGGUGGAGAAUGAAAAACUGUUUGCGGAGUUUGUGGAACAUUGCUCCAAGUACUCUAAAGAUCAUCCAGAGGUCAUGACCUACCUCCAGACCAGAUACUCCAAGGCCCUGCCGACCUUCCUGUCAUCGGUGGAGUUCCGUAACACUUUGGGCCGCUGCCUCACACGAGCCCAGGCCAACACUGGCAAAACUUUCGUCUACAUUAAUGAACUCUGCACCGUUCUUAAACAGCACACAGCUCGGAAAAGGAGCUCCAUACAGUCUGUCCCCUCCCAGACAAAACCUGAGCAAAAAAGCAAUGGGACAGAUUUAAACGAGGAGGUACAGGUUAAAGGACAAGAGGAAAAGCAAGAGGGGGAAGAGGAAACAAAAACAACGAAAAGGGCUUCAAGGAGACAGAUAGCGUACCUGGAAAACCUGUUGAAGGUGUAUAAUGAGGAGAUCCGACGGCUUCAGGAGCGGGAGUUGAGUAUAGACGAUCUGGAGAAGGAGGACUCCACUUAUAUUCAAGAGCACAAGCUCAAACGCAAGAUGAUGAAGAUCUAUGACAAACUGUGUGAGCUAAAGGGCUGCAACACGCUGACGGGUCGAGUGAUCGAGCAGAAGAUUCCCUACAAUGGAACACGCUACCCAGAGAUCAACAAAAAGAUUGAACGCUACAUUAACAGUCCAGAAGCUCUUCACAAUCCACCAGACUACACAGAUAUGCUGAAGGUGGUUCAGCGCGCCAACGAACGCUACAAACUCCUGCUCACCCGCAAACAAUUAACACAAAUCGCUCAAGAAUCUUUCAGAGAGACGGGCAACAAACUGCAGGAAAGACGCCAUCUUGACAUGGUCUACAACUUCGGCUCUCACCUUACAGAUACCUACAAACCUACGUUAGACCCUGCACUCACUGAUCCAGGACUACAUCGCAAACUCCGCUCAAACAGAGACUUGGCUCUCAGCAGCCUGGAGGAGGUGAUCAACAAAUACGCUAAUAAACAGGAAGACAUGGAGGUAGAGGAUGUGAGGAAGAAACAAGAAAGAGACCGACAAAAAAAAGAGGCACUUAAUGGGCAGCAAAGUGACAGCAAAGAAAAAGAGAAGGAGGAACAGGAACAGGAAGAAAAAGAAGAAGAGGAGGAGGAGGAGGAAGAUGAAGAAGAGGAUGAUUCCUCUGAUCCAGACAUUGAAGAUGAGAUCCAAGCAAGUCAAGAACAAGUUGGUCCAGAUGACGACGAAGAGGACGUCGAAGAAGAGACGAUGAACAACAGCGACAAUGAUCAGCCCAUCGAUGAGAGCUCUCCUCUAUCAAUCAAAUCAUCCAUUCAGGACACAGAGGAAGAUCAGGGCGAUGACGACCAGCGCUCUCCAGCCAGCAGCACGCAUGAGACGGGACCUGUGGAGACAAACACAAACGGCACACCUGUGAAACAAAGCCCUCCGUUCACAGAGACUUUGGAUCUUAUGCCUACCGACAGCACAGAACUUAUUUCCUCAAAUCACGUUAAAUCUGUUUCUGAAAGCACCACUAACUGCACCGAGACUGUCUCCACUCAUCAGGACGCACCGUCAACCCCCAUGAGAUCAGCCAACUGCAGUCCACUACCUCCAACAAGCCCUUUACUGAUCGACGAGAUGGGCAACUACAAGAAAAGGAAACGAUCCUCCACUGAAAAGCAAACUGCUGCCUACAAUGGGAACUGCACACAGGACAGUGAUAUUCCUCUGGAUAUGGGUGUGAUCUGUUGUUCUGAGGAAGUAGACUUUAAGAUGACGAGUCCGAAACGAGUCAUGGUCAGGAGCUCACGAGCCACACCUCCACCUAAAAAAAAUAAGGUGAACGUGGCGACUCAGUGCGACCCAGAGGAAGUGAUCGUUCUGUCCGAUUCGGAUUGAGUCACAGGGUACUGAGCUGGCAUUUCAGUCAGCGUCCUGCUCCGAUAGUGCCUGCCAAUGUGAACCGAGAACAAAAUCUUUAUUUUACGUUGGACUGGUUCAAUCAGGUUUUGAACCGCCACCACUUAUACGCAAUGCCACGUUUACUUUUUAUACAAGGGAAAAAUGGCAUGCCGUUAUUCAUUCAGGCUUUUUAGAGGUAUUUUGAUAUACUGUAAAUGGGUCAUGCCUCUAAACAUUCGUACUCCAAGGGGUUUAUCUUGUAUUGUAUUUAUGGUUUUAGUUGGAGGGUUUGGAUGCAAUCCUCAUUUGUGCCAAGAGUCAUGAGGGGAAGUGAACUUUCCCUCCUCAGCUCAAUAAAUGCUCUCAUUUUGUGUAGUGUUUGACUUAAAUGUUGAUGACUUUGUACAGUGCACUGUGGAUUUUUUACACAGCUCUAGAAAUAAUUUCCACGCAAGUGAUGAACUACUUGAUGGGUUUUUAAAUUUACAAGCAUAGGAAGCAUUAUUUUCAGAUUACAUCUUAAAGAAAUAGUUCACUCAAAAAUAAAAAUUCAGACUCUAAGUACAGCUUUUCUUUUUUGUGCAAUACAGAAAAAAUAUCAGUAUUUGGAUUUUAAAGGACUUCAGAGUAAAUAUUGACAGAAUUUAUUAUUUUUGGGUGAACUGUUCCUUUAACUGGCCUCAGGUGAGAAAGCACAAGAGUUAAGUGUUUCCUACACUUUUUGGUAUUGAAAUGAUUUCUGUAAACUGCUGAUGACUGAUCUAUUAAAUUGAUCAACAUUGUCAUAUUAAAAAUUGUUUUUAAUUA